GAAAUUAGACGUAGAAAUAUAAAACCUGUAUAAAUCACACCUAAUUAUUUAUAAAUAGAUUUAGAUUAAAUUUUAUUAAAGACAUUCGAAAUGUUAAGAAUUUAUUUACCUGACGGAACAAUAUAAGUCGAUUUCUUUGAAAUUGAAGUCACACAUCUCACUAAUAAUAAUCAAAAUGAGUCUAUUCAAAUUUGAUGAACAAACCUUGGACGCAUUUCCAUCACAUGAAAGGAGGAAUUCGUCGACAGUGACAUCAGAGAAUUCCGGCUUCAUAAGCUUAGAUCAAAUUAUGCCGAUUGAUGUUAACGCCGUUGAAUACUCAGCAAGCUUUGAUUUAGUCGGCGAUUUCACAAAACCCUUCAGUUUACCUCUAGUCGAUGGCACUCAAAGUGAUAUUCGUUAUAUUUCUGGCAGCACUCUUAAAGGCCUGAUUGACGGCAAGUAUAAAAAUAUGAUAAGCAAAUUUACUAUCGUUGAUUGCCGUUACCCGUACGAAUAUGAAGCGGGACAUAUUGAGGGAGCCAUAAAUUUAUACAAGCAGGAGCAAUGCGUGGAAUUGUUCGUAGAUGUGGCUGCUUCAGAACAACCAAGGAACGCAAGGAACAUUUUAGUAUUCCACUGCGAAUUUUCCAUUGAGAGGGGACCCACUAUGUAUAAAUAUGUGAGACAGAAAGAUCGCGCAUUAAAUGCUGAUAUGUACCCAUUGUUGUGUUAUCCCGAAAUUUAUGUUUUAAAAACUGGUUACUCCAAAUAUUUUGAAGAAUACCCUGACACUUGCGUACCGAGAGGGUACAAGACCAUGUUGGACAAUAAAAAUCGUAUGGACUCCAGGUAUAAAUCGGAACGUAGAAGUUUAGCAGGAAAAAUGACUUCUAAACACAGGCGGCGCUUGCAGCCGCAGCAAAAGCAAAUGCUACGCAGAAUACUUUUUUAGUUGUCAUUUACUAGAAACUCAGGACUAUUUAUUUUGUAAGAUAUUGUGCUACUAAUAAUAUAUUUUAUAAUUAAA